AUGGAAGGGACGCCGCCUCCGGAGUCGUCAGACGACAACCAGAUGGACGAGGAGCCUUCGGAGGACGAAGAAGAGGAUGACGAUGAUGAUGAGGAGGAAUGGUGGAACAAGGAGGAGGAUGGCGAUGACAGCAACGACGAUGACGACAGUGGCAGCGAUGAAAAGCCAACGCAUCCUGCAGUAUGUGCCUUAGUGCUUCCCGUCGUGAAGGAGGUCAUUGCAUAUGAAGGCAAGGGUGGCUAUGAUCCUGGGCAGAGUAGCGGAGGGAGGCAGUUAUCUAUGUCAAAUGCUGGAGAUGAUGGUUACGAACUAGGACAGAGCAGUCAGGUAGAAGGAGGACAUGCUGAUGGUUAUGAACCAGGGCAGAGUAGUCAGGUAGAAGGAAGAAAUGCCGAUGGUGAUUACAGUGGUGAGGUGGACGCUGACGAGGUAGAUGGGCACAUGCAGGACCAGAUGGAAGAAGAAGACACCGAUGUUUAUAGGGGUCAUGCCGAUGACUCUGACGAGUCAGAAGAAGAAGAUAAUGCAGAGGAGGUCCCGAAUCCUGCAUCGUAG